GUGGUGCGGUGCCAGGAAAAGGGAUCACAGUCUCCCCCUCACAGCCAGAAAAGAGCAAGGAGGCCAUGUCUACUGGCCAAGUGGAGACCAGGUCUACCCACAACCAUCUGACCACAGGUUGCUCCAUGGUAGCAAGAGGAGUAAGCUAUGCUACUGCCUACAAACUAAAAGUUGUGGAUGUAGUGGAAUGCAGCAACAACUGUGCAGCAGGCCAAGAAUUUGGAGUGAAUGAGGCAAAUGUGCAUUGCUGGAGAAAACAGAAGGCCUACCAUCAAUCUCAAAGUCUGCUUUGGCAGGGCUCAGCACCCAGAACCAGAAAGCUCCAGUAUGUUCUGGAUAGGCGAUUCCAAGGGUGUGCUGUCAGCACUGGGGAAAUCUGCUUGGGGAAAAAAUCUGCUUUCUCUAAGGUUGGAACCUCUCAGCACCUUCAAGGCCUCUGCAAAGUGGUGCCACCACUUUAUGAGGCAGCAUAAGCUGUCCAACUGGGGGCGCACAUCAGUUGCUCUAAGUCUGCCACAGGAGCUUGAGCACCAGCUGUGCCAGGAUCAACAGUUUGUAUUGCAGCUCCAUAAACGACAUGGGUAUUCUACCAAACUGCAAAUGCUGACCAGACACCACCGAGCUUCAAUCUUUCUCACAGGCAAACGAUUUUGAGGAAAGGGGAAAAAACUGUCAUGCAGAGAAUGACUGGGAACAAGAAGAACCGGUUCACGGUGAUGCUGGGGUCUCUUGCCAAUGGUGAGAAGUUGCCUCCAUACAUUGUGUUUAAAAGGAAGAUGCUGCCAAAGCAUGUGAGGUGGCCCCAUGGGGUGAUAGUACGUUCACACGAUAGUAUGCAUGGGAGUGGAUGAAUCAACGUUUGACCGAGGAGUGGCUUAGAUCUAUCUAAUUGGAAACUACCACCACCCAGGAGAUGCCAAAUGCUGGUACUGGAUGCAUUCAGGUGCCACAGAACACCAUCCAUAAAAUCAGUCCUCUCCGAAAAGCAGAGACUGACCUUAUAAUCAUCGCAGCAGGGAUGACGAGCCAGUUGCAGGUCAUGGAUGUGAGCUGCAAUCGGCUGUUCAAGCAGCUAUUGCGGAAGAAAUGGGUGGAGUGGGUGUACGCUGGGCUAAGAACACUUACCCCAUCAGGCUGUCGGAAGAAGCUAGUCCUUUUUGUUAUCAUCCAUCAAGAUGUUAUCAUCGCAUCAAGAGAGGCGUGGGAGGCAAUAGAUGCUGCCAUUAUAUGGCAGGGGUUCAAGAAAUGCUGCCUAAUGAAUGGGAUGGGAGACUCUGAAGAUGAUGAUGAUGAUGAUGAUGAUGAUGAUGAUGAUGAUGAUGAUGAUGAUGAUGAUUUUUACAUUUAUAUCCCGCUCUUCCUCCAAGGAGCCCAGAGCGGUGUACUACAUAGCCUUCGGGUGAGAUUUGAAUCCACUGAUUCAGAGACAGAAUUUGAAGGUUUUGCUGAAGACAACAGAGAUGGGGUUCCCUGUCAGUUAUCCAACAAUGAAACCCCACCUCGCUAUGAGCCCAGAGGCUGCCCCCCAGUCCUCUGAGGACAAGCAGGUUCGUGAAUGAAGAUGUUGGUGUUCAUAACUGAAAUU